AUGCAGCGAACGUCUGCUGCAUCGCUGUUUUACGAACCGUUUACUGUUUCUGACACGGUGAACAAAAUCAGCCGUGGCUUCCCCGGUUUCGGUGCCGAAGUCGCCGACCAAAACUGCGCGAUCGAAGUCGAGACAGACCCCACACUUCCCAAAGUCUCAACUAUUUCGACGGUGCCGGUGACAUUCACGGACUUGUUGGCUAACGCGUCGGGAGUACCAGCAGAGCCGAUAUUCAUGAGAGUAGGCAAGCAGAUCACGUCGGAGGAGACCCCGGCCACCGAUGCCAACCAGGAUGCGUACAUCGGUUUGGCCACUUCUUGGAUAGGCAGCGGUACGUCGAGCAAGAAUGGUACUGGUGUCGUCGAGACCAACCGAGGUACGGGAUGGAAUGGAAAAGGUACCACCCGUGAGCUGCUCGAAAGCGCCGUUGCCGGUCGGGAGAAGGACCAACCUCGACCCACUAGGCGCCCCAGCCCGCAACCGACUCCCAGUCCUUUGCGAAAUCUGCUCGAAAGCGCCGUUGCCGGUCGUGAAAAGGACCAACCUCGACCUACUGGGCGCCCCAACCCGCAACCGACUCCCAGUCCUUUGCGAAAUCUGCUCGAAAGCGCCGUUGCCGGUCGUGAUAAGGACCAACCGCGUCCAACCCAACAUCCAACGGGUCGCCGUCUUGAAGAAAACACCAACAAGGACAUCGCCAAACUCGAAGCCUUCUAUGGUACGAAAAUGGAAAUGUUCCUUGCAGAACUUCCAACGGAGGGAGUUCAGACACCGUCUCCGUGGGCUGGACCUUAG